AUGCUGCCGGCGGUGGCGGUCGCGGCGGUGGUGGCCGUGGCCGUGGCCGUGGCCGUGGCCAUCCCCGCGCUACGGCACCGCCUUGUCCGUUCCGCGCUGCGCCGCGCCGGGGGCCGGUACCGGCGGCGGCUGGAGGCUCUGGGCAGCGACGUGCGGCUGAGCCAGGAGCGGCGGCUGCGGCGGCUGCUGGGCACCGGCACCGGCACCGGGACGGCCGGCGGUGAGCGCGGGGCUGCGGGAAGCGCGGCGGGAAGGGGUCGGUCCCAUGGUUUCCCUCUCAGCUUGUGCCUCUCCCGGCAGGCUCGGAAGAGUUCCAGCAGCGGCAUCCCCUGGGGCAGCCCUGUCGGGACGAAGCGCCGGGGUUUCCGCUUCGCCCGCUGCGGCUCUGGGCUCUGCUCCCCGGCUGCUGGGACGCCGACCCCCGGCUGCAGGUACGGCGAGCGGCGGGCGGGGUGGGCGCGGAUCCCCGCAGGGUCCGCCCUGCUGACCCGACCCUCCCCGCAGGGAUCCCUGCUCUACCUGGAUGCCCUCGGCGCCGCUUUUCCGCGGGCGCUGGUCCGCCGGGGCACGGCCGUGCUGCACUGGAGCCCCGGCCGUGCCUGCGCCCCGGCGGCGUGGCCGCUGCCCUCGCUGUACUGCAGCCCGGCCGCAGCGGCUCUGCUGCCCUCGCGGGCCGCUGCGCUGCGGCUGCAGCUGCUCUUCGCCCUGCGGCAGCGAGCGCUGCGUGUGCUGGAGGCCGGGCUGGCAGCCGAGCUGCACGACGCGCUGCUGGCCCUGCGCGCUGAAUGGCCCCGGCUGGCGCAGGAGCUGGAGCUGGGCAGGCUGAGCCCCCAGCCCGGGCUGCCCGAGGGGGUGCGGGACCGGCUGCAGGCAUUGCUGAGCCCUGGUGCUGCCCGGGCAGCCGAGCUCCGUGCCGAGUGCGCCCGCGGCUUCGAGGGCAUCGUGUUGCGUCUGUGGCCGCAGCUGGAGGUGGUGGUGGUGAGGACCAUGCAUGGCACGGAGCGGCUCUACUGCGACUCCCUCCGCCAGGCUGACUGCCAAGGGCUGCCCUUCUACUGCCCCUUCUACCAGGCAGCAGGGGCCCUGCUUGGUGUGAACCUGUGGCCAGCGGAGCCAGCGCCCCGAUUCCUGCUGUGCCCUGACUGGGCUUUCUGCGAGUUCCUGCCCUGCCUGGCCAGCAAGGAGCCACGGGCGGUGCUGCUGGAUGAGCUCUGGGAGGGCUGCGAGUACGGGCUGGUUGUGACAGCCCAGCCAGGAGAAUACAGGUGCCGUACUGGGGAGGUGCUGAAGGUGACCGGCUUCCACAAGCAAUGUCCCCUGGUGGAACCUGUGCGCAGGGAGAGCCAGACACUGAGCGUGCGAGGUGAGAGCAUCCCUGAGGAGCAGUUCUGCCAGAGCCUGUGCCGCACCCUGAGGAUGUGGCCGGGUGCUCACCUGAUUGACUACGUCUGUGUGGAGAGCAGCCUGCUGGGUGACUCUUCAGGGCCCUGUGCCCCCCACUACGAGGUGUUCAUGGAGCUGCAGGGCCUGCGGGACCUGUCGGAGGGGCAGCGCUAUAAGCUGGACCAGUGUCUCCAGGAGGAUUUCCCCAUCUACAAAUCCUUCCGCUUCAAGGGCAGCAUUGGGCCCCUGCGCCUGCACCUGGUGAGGCCCAGGACCUUCACCCAGCUGCGGGAAGCACUGGGCUCCCCCAUGCCCAUGCCCAGGGUCCUGCGUGAAGAGCAGCUGCUGCAGCUCAUCCAGGGAUCAGUCAUCUCCUAGGGCAGCCUAGGGGCACCACAGCCCUUCCACCCUGGGGUUCACUUGGCAUGCACCCUCUGGGCAGGGGCCGUGUCCCUGGGGUGGGAGGGUGUGGGGGCAAGGGUGCCCAGCCCAGAGGGUUUGGCUGAGUGGAGCAAAUGGAGACUGAGCUUGACCGUGAUCCGUGGCAGCAGCAGGCACCCGUGAGCACCACUCAGUGCUGCUGUGGAGAUGGAGCAGGAGCUUGGGAGCCUCACGGGGCAGUGGGAUCCUGCAGCUGCAGGACACCCUCACUCAGUGCCUUGGCAGCACCUGCAGCCACAGAGGGGUGGGUGCCUGUGCCUUUCCCAUUGUGCAUCACAGCCCAUGGAUGAUGCAGAGGGCUCAGUGGAAACUUGCAGGAGCAGGAGGAGCAGAAGAGCUGUGGCUCAUCACUGAGCACUGGGUUCCUGUGGCAUUUUGUCCCCUGUCAGGGACACUCCGGGCAGGGCUCAGGUGGCUGGUGGUGGUGGGUGUCACAGAGCAGCCCCAGGUGGGCUUCACUGCACGCCCACUGGUUUAAGAAUAAGCUCUGGUGAGGGCUGCUUUUAAUGUUUUAAAAACCAAAUGCAAAAUAAAGGAUUAUAUUUUAAAAAUAAAUAAAGGACCACACUCUGGGAUUGA